UGAAGCAAAAAAUAAAUAGAGCAUGUGUUUGGAAAACGGAGAAAAAUAUUGAAAAAAUGUAUUGGAGAAUUUAAAUAUUCGCUUAAAACACAAGAAUAGAUAGCAUAUUCCCAGAGAAUUGUCGUAAGUCUGCUGUGCGGUGCUGAGCUAUACAAAAAUAAUAUAUACUGCUGAUUUUUUCGCAGCUACUACUACCAAAGUUGUAUACCUACAUAAAUAUAUUAUUACGACAGUAUUUUUCAAAAUUAUUUAGUACGUAUUUAAAAUUAUAUUGCUAUUAGAUUUUUAGUAUACAAUUUAUUACUCUAAAAGAAGUGAAAAGUGUAAACGUUAAACGCGCUGUGAAAAAAAUAAAAGCAAUAGCCUUAAAGCACUGAAAUAAAUCAAUAACGCUAUGUCAACGGAAAGCAAUACCCCGGUGGACCCCAGAGUGCAGGUUGAACUAGAGAAACUGAACACAGCAACAGACAAUAUCAACAAAUAUGAAGUGGAACUCGAUGAGGCAAAAUGUGAUUUCAAGCGCAUAUUGGCCGAGAGUGAGGUGCGCAUCAAACAGGCUGCACACAAAUUGGGUAACUCAAUUGAGGCGGCCAAGCCCUAUUACGAGUCGCGUAUCUAUGCAGCGCAAUUGGCCAAGGAAACACAGCAAGCGGCGGUAAAUUACGAAAAAGCUAAAUCGAUACACACCGCUGCCAAGGAAAUGGUAUAUUUGGCGGAACAGGGUUUGGGUGAAAAGGCAACACUGGAUACCGCCUGCCAAGAAAUGCUCAGUCACGCCACCACCAGGGUGAAUCAAUCUCAGGUGGAUGUAACGGAUGCACGAAAUACUUUGAAAAUGUGUCAACUGAAGUUGGAAGUGGCCAACAAUCGAGUGGGCAAAUUACAAGGACAACUUAAGCAGGCUAUACGUGCGUCGAGUUUAAGCAUUAGACGAGACUUACUUGAAUUGAAUUCUUUGGUUUAUCAGCACCGUUGCAAUAUUCUGCCCUUCUACGAGGCGCGAGCUAACUACAAUGGCCUCUUAAAAGCACAAAAGCAAAAAAUUAAUGAACUAGAAAGCAAAGUCACCGAAGCCAAGAUGACUUACAAUGAGGCGCUGAAAAACCUCGAGCAGAUCUCUGAAGAUAUACACCGCCAGCGGCAGGAAAAACGUGAGCUGCUCAACGACACGCUCUUGGCAGAGCUACGCAUUGCAAGCAAUGCCGCAGCAGCAGUGCAAAAUUAUCAACACUUUCCGUGCGAUAUUGACGCACCAGACGAGUAUUUGCAAUUGCCCGCGAAACUUAGCACACAGUCCAGUCCACUGCGACAACGCCGCUUCGACGAGCAUGAGUGCCCACAUUUGCUACAGGACUUUCCUACGCUCAACCUGAGAGAUAAACAUCCAGGUGGCAGCAUGCACAAGUCGGCGAGUACGAGCGCUAGCGGCGACGGUCUCUUCGGGCACACCCCCCUACAUGGACCGUACGAAGUGAAGACGAGUGGCAAUAGUAGCGUCGGUGGCGGUGGCAGCGGUAGCGCACACGAUGCCAGCUCAAGCACCGGCGCCGAUGCAGAUGAGCAGGAUGACAUCGAGCAGUGGACUGAGAUACGCUUAUCGCACUCGGAGAGCACAAGUUCUAGUUACUCAAAUCAGUCGCUGCUACACGAUCAGCUAGGUGGCGCCGCUGAAGAUGCACAAUCGCAUCACUCCUCGUCAUCCUCAUCGGACGAGCCGAAGCGCAAAGUCACUUGCACGACGAUCUUCCAUGAAGAUCAGCUCAACAAGAAACAGAGCCUGAGCCAGUGGUUGUCGCGUUCGAACAGCCUGAAAAUGUCUGGACGACGUCAAAGUCUGGAUCUCCUAAUCGAUGCAGGUGACAAGGUGAAAGAUGUAUUUAGUUUCGGUUUCCAGAAGGUGGGGAAAACACUGGAGCGACGUAAUAGCGAAUCGGAGAUGAAUGCAGAGAACGCGGAGAGUGGAGGCAGUGCGGCGGCGGGUGCAACGAGCGUUGCCGGUGGUAAAACAACAUCGGCUGGUGAUUUUUUCCUCUUCUCCAGGUCAGUAGGCAGUGGCGUUGCCAGUAACAGCACUGUUAGUAAAGCUUUGCAAAAAAAGACUGGACUGCUGAGCACACUGCAGAAUCGCUUCACCCAAUUGAUUUAAAUGCUAAAAGAAUUUAUCAUUAAAGAGCUAAAAAAUCAAGAAAAACUAGUGCUUGCCAUUUUAGAAGGAAAUAUUUGAAAAAUUACUGCGGCCAAAAUUUGUUUUUCGAUAUACCGUUAUAUUAAUGUGUAACAAGCAUUUAUGUACCAGACGAAUUUGUGCAUGCGUAACGGCAUUUGUUUACAAAUUUACAAACAUACUUAUGUAUUGUAGAAACAUUUUCAAAUGCAUUUAGUGGAAUUUGGGAAAUUGCUUGUAUUUUUAAGCGAAUCUAAAAAUCUUUGCAACUUAAAAAAGUUGUUAGCAAAUUUGAAAGCAAUAUCUGACAAUACUGAAUCGCAAAAGGUAGAAUGUUGAAAUUGGCAAGUUUUUAUACAUAUAACAACGGUGGGCAAACGCGGCUCUUUGAGCCAAAUGCGGCCCU